AUGCACAUCGCAAAAAGGAACGCCCAGACUGUUAUACAAUAUACCACUGCUUAUCCGUUUAGACUCCCAGAGAGUUCCAUCGUAUGCGUGUACUGCUGCGAAAGUUUUGUCGACGGUCCACUCUUCAGGAAUCACAUGGAUUCCGACCAUAAGAAUGUCAAUGUCAAGGUGGCGUACGCUCACUUGCACGAAGGCUUUAUAAAAGCAGACUGCACUAGUAUUCGCUGCAGAAUUUGCUCCCAAACCUUCGAUAUCGUAAACGAGGCGGCUAGGCACUUAAACGAAAUUCACAACCAGAGAAUAGACUUAGAAUUUAGUGUUGGAAUACAACCCUUUUGGAUGGAAAAAGAUAAGUUGUCUUGCGCAAUUUGUAGAACGAAUUGUUCUAAUAUUCGAAGUCUUAGUAGGCACAUACAGGAACAUUUCUUUCAGUGCACGUGCGAGCUAUGUGGUAAAUCUUUCGCGACUUCUGCAUCUCUUCAAAAGCAUUUAGAAUUUGCUUGUCCCUUAGUACCAAAACAAAAAAGAUGUAGAAAGUGUAAGAUUCCAUUAUACUCGUCCGAUGACCAGAAGAAACACUUCGAAAUGUCAGUAAACUGUCGUCAACACCUUUGUUCAGUGUGCGGCGAACGAUUUAGCAAUUGGAAAUUAAAGAUAAGUCACAUGGAAAACACUCAUGGUGUGCCUAAAAAGGUAUAUCCUUGUCCUGAAUGCGGGUUGGUUUUUAAAAAACCUAAUAAGUUCAGAGCACAUUUUAAGAUCGUACAUACGCAUGAGCACUUCGACUGUCCAAGUUGCGAGCGUAAAUUUGACUCUAAGUACUAUUUAGACAGGCAUAUGGUUGUCCAUUCGAAUGAGAGAUUAUUCUUCUGCGAUGUGUGCUCUAAGUCAUUUCCACGAAAGUACACACUGAGACAGCAUAUGUGGAUACACAGUGAGGUGAAACUGUAUGAAUGCAAGAUGUGUGAUAAGCAGUUUAAUCAAAAAGUCAGUUGGAAGACUCAUAUGAAGUCGUAUCAUUCAGAUCUGUGCGAUUUUUAG